GUGGGGUGUUGUUCAAAGCUGCAGCUGUUCACCGGGUGUAUAGUAAGGGUUUUUACUGUAUAGCAUUUAGGGGCUAGUGCAAUAAUAGUUGUGGGUCAGCAAAUGAAGUUUUGAACUGAAGUAUUCACUCCUUAAGCAGCACUUGGAUUGACAGUGAUUCCGGUGACAAAUCUAUACCUGCAGGAUGUCCCCAGGAAUGCAGAGUGUUGAAAUUCAGUGUAGCGCGGCUAUUGAGCACCUUAAUAAUGCUGGCCAGGCAGUUAAACGGAAAGCUAUUCGGAAUGCUUGUCUUACACUUGGACGCAAUGAAUUCCGGGAAAUAGUCUUGCGGGUGGACGAUUUUAAAGUUCCACAGUCUUUCUUUCUUCGUGAAGUUCAACUCUUUACUCGGUUCAUUCGAGAUGGAAAGAGUUCCAUUAAACUCAUUCCAGAAAAUGUACAAAUUUUAAUUUCAAACUGUCCACCUGACAAACUUAAAAUUUUUAUUAAAACUUUGUUAGUGAAGUAUGAAGCUGAGAAAGUGACAGGGAAGCCAGUCAGUGACCGAACACGUCUUCUUUCUACACUUCCAAGAGUAUUUGAGACCAUCAGUCCCUUACAGUUAAAGGAUGUGGAGAAAGCAAAUGAACUGAGGGCAAGAACUAAUGAGACUGCCACAACUCCUAAACAGCCUAUGAAAAGCAAAGGGCCUAACGGACUGCAAAGUGGACAAACAAAACGGCCAAGGACUGUGUCCUCGGACAACUGUUUAGUAACUGGAUUGAAGGAAGCCAAGAAGCCAGUGUUAUCAAUGCCAGUACGAUCAAAAUUGACAAAGGAACAGUCCCAGGUUCUUGCUGCUGUGCUUGGUGGGAAAAGCGUCUUUUUCACAGGCAGCGCAGGGACUGGAAAAUCAUAUCUUUUAAAAAGGAUUGUGGGAGCUUUGCCACCUAAGGGCACAUAUGCCACAGCUAGCACUGGUGUAGCUGCUUGCCAUAUAGGAGGAACCACAUUACAUGCCUUUGCAGGGAUUGGCUCUGGGAAGGCUCCCCUAGAGCAGUGCAUUGAGUUGGCGCAAAGACCAGGAGUUCGCCAGCACUGGGUUAGCUGUCGGCAUCUUGUUAUUGAUGAAAUCUCUAUGGUGGAAGGGGAACUGUUUGACAAGCUGGAAGCCAUUGCUAGGGUUGUUCGAAAGAGGAAUGAACCAUUUGGAGGAAUCCAGUUGAUUGUCUGUGGUGAUUUCUUGCAGCUUCCUCCUGUUGCCAAGGUCAAUCAGUCUACCAAGUUCUGCUUCCAGGGCAAGUCUUGGUCAAAGUGCAUACAGAUGACUAUGGAACUUACAGAUGUGAAACGGCAGUCUGACAGAACCUUCAUUUCAAUCCUACAGUCUAUCCGCAUGGGCAGAUGCACUGAAGAGGUUACUGCCCAGCUGAUUAAGACCGCUCAUAACAAAAUUGAGAGGGAUGGAAUCUUGGCAACACGACUGUGCACUCACAAGGAUGAUGUAGAACUGACAAACGAAAGAAAGCUGCAGCAAUUGCUGGGAGAGACUCAUGAAUAUGAAGCUUUGGACAGUGAUCCUAUGCUCAUGAAAAACAUAGACGCCCAAUGUCCAGUUGGCCACACAUUGCAGCUAAAAGAAGGUGCACAGGUGAUGUUAACCAAGAAUCUGGAUGUGCAACAGGGAUUAGUCAAUGGAGCCCGAGGUGUUGUGGUGGGUUUUGAACCAGGACCCAAAGGAUUGCCUUUAGUGAGGUUUCUAUGUGGUGUCACACAAAUAAUAAAGCCAGAACGAUGGGUCUUCAAGGCUGCUGGUGGGAUCUAUCUGAGUCGACAGCAGUUACCUUUGAAACUGGCGUGGGCCAUUUCCAUUCACAAGAGUCAGGGAAUGUCUCUGGAUUGUGUUGAAAUCUCUCUAGCUCGUGUAUUUGAAAGUGGCCAAGCUUAUGUCGCUCUUUCUAGAGCACGAAGCCUAGAAGGGUUGAGAGUACUUGAUUUUAAUCCUGGGGUGGUCCGAGCUAAUCCAGAUGUUCUUCAGUUUUACAACAAACUCCGAAGGGAGCGUCUACUCAUGCAGGUAGAGUUGAAGUUUAAAGUACCUGCUUUGCUUUAG